UUGGAUGAAGUGCCGAUCAUCACUGAGCUGAGAUGGGUGUUGGUCCAGCAGUUGUUUUUUCGCUCAUCGCUCUGAUGCAAGGUGUUUCUUGUCAAACUUGGGGUGUGACGAUGCCCCCGAGCAUCACAGGCAUCAGUGGCUCCUGUCUGACAAUCCCGUGUCGUUUUGAGAUCCCAAAAAAUGAGAAACCAAACCUCGUAAACUGCUCAAAGGGGGGCAUGUGGAAGAAAGGAAGCGUGACUGGUCCGAAUGUCUUCAGUGCACUUAAACCUUCGUCUAACAUCAUUCAAGGGGAACUAGUCGGGGACAUUACGGAGAAAAACUGCACUACGACGCUCCACAGUUUCCCAAAGAACUACAGCGACGUGUAUUUCUUCAGGAUGGAAUGCCAAGAACUUCUCAAGUUCACCUUCGAUAAGCCGCUCAACAUUAUCCUCAAACCAGAGCUUCCUCCUCCGGAGCUGACGUCUGUCGGUCAGAUGUCGGAGGGAUCCACUGUGAGCCUGCAGUGCUCCGUCCCGGUGCCGUGCUCCGUCCUGCCGCCCUCCAUCACCUGGCUGCCCCGGGACAGCUCCAGGCAGGAGCAGACGCUGAUGCAGCAGGGCAAAGACGGCCUGACCAUCAUGAAGUCAACACUGACCUUCAUUGCCUCAGCCGACCACCACAACCGGAGCGUGGCGUGCUCCGUGUCCUACCCGCUGACCAGAGGGGGCAGCAGCCUGCCGUCAGCCACCACGCACAGGCUCAACGUACUGUAUGCUCCCAGAGUUCCCGUGGCAACGCUCAGCACGUCUGUUCCCGUUUCUGAGGGUCGUGUUGUGACGUUUACAUGUUUCAGUGAAGCUAACCCUCCUGUGAGCCUCUACACCUGGUACAGAGUCCACAGUGGAAAGUUGACUAAGAGAGGCGAGGGAGAGAUGCUGGUCCUGCAGGUCAGUCACAACGACAGCGGGGCGUACGUGUGUGAAGCUCAGAGCCAGAGGGGCUCCAGGAGGUCCAGAUAUUUGUCUCUGGAGGUCAUUGACCCUGCAGGCAGCCAUGAUGGCGUUGUUCUCUACAUUAUUUGUGGGGUCUUGUUGGUUCUCCUCAUCAUUACUGUUGUUGUGGAUGUGUACAAAUAUCAAAAUCUUUCCAGGAGACUAAAGCAGCUUGAGCUGAAGGGGGACCACACCUACUCUGAUCUGAGGAGCUGCAGUGUCACCUCUGACUACGACAAACUUCAGGCUCGGCAGCCUAAAUCGAAGCCCAUUGAUGCUCACGUGGAUCCCACCUACGAGAACCGAAUGGAUCUGCAAACCAGCUGACCUGAAGGACUGGGCUGAAGAGUUCUUUAAAAUAGGACUAAAUAUGAAUGUUGAAGCUUCACAUUUAAAUAGAAUGAACUAGAUUUGUGUGUUAUUUACUGGUUUCAGGCAGUCUUUUUUUUUUUUUGCACUGUCAUGCUUUAGUUUUUGAUGACAGCACAAUCACAUGUCAUAAAGGAUCUAGAUGUCUCACACUUCCUGUUAUGUUAUCUGGAAACUUGAUUUCAUAAUAAACAUCUGUACAUGUGAAUAAGGAGGUCAAGAGGGACAUCUCACAGAAAAAUAAAGAUGUUUUAGAAAGUAAAA